AGUGCUCAACUCGUUCAUCAAAUGUGCAUUAAAUAUUUGAAUUCGUGGAAUUUUAAGGAUCAACAAUGGAGGAAGAGGAGUCAAGGGCGAUCACGAGUCAAUCAGACUGGGCAGAGACAACAAUGUUUCUGGUCCAGAUGUACUAUACCCCGGUAUUAGUGUGUCUAGGUACCCUAGGUAAUUGUUUAUCAGUGUACGUAUUUUUCUAUACGAAAAUGAGAAGGGCUUCGUCCAGUUGGUAUCUGGCAGCCUUGGUGAUAAGUGAUACUGGAUUUCUGGUGGCAGUGUUCAUCGUCUGGUUGAACAUGGUGGGAAUUGGUAUUUUCAACCGUCAGGGUUACUGCCAAUUUUUCGUUUAUCUCUCCACGCUGUGCAGCUUCUUAAGUGUAUGGUUUGUGGUAUCCUUCACUAUUGAACGUUUUAUCGCGGUGCUGUAUCCCCUGCGCCGGCAGUCACUGUGCACAGUGGCCAAAGCUAAAAUGGUUAUCCUAGGACUCACGGGCAUCGGUAUCAUACUGUGCAGUCCAGUCCUGUGGUUCACCAGUCCACGGCCAAUGAACGGUAAGCCCAAUAUUACUGCUUGUCAGCUUGUCACAGAGAGGGAGAAUUUGGCCAGUGCAUUCAACGUUGCUGAUACCGUCUUGACAUUCGUUCUACCGUUCGCUAUCAUUGUAAUCCUCAAUGGACUUAUUUCGAGAGCUGUCUGGAGGCUGGCGAAUGUAAGAAGGACACUGACCACCAAUGGCCAGAGGGACUCCAGGUGUGGCAACAUCGGCAUGUCCCAGGCUAAAGUCACAAAAAUGCUGCUGGUUGUUUCCACUGUUUUUCUCUGCUUCAAUUUGCCGGCCUACGUCAUGAGAGUCCGCGCAUUUCUAGAGGUACACCAGGAUGAUCCAAGGUCCACUGUGUUAGCACAGCACAUCGCUAACAUUCUCUUUGAUACUAAUUUUGGAAUAAACUUCGUACUGUACUGCGCGAGCGGACAAAACUUCCGUAAAGCCGUUGUGCGAUUGAUCCUCAGGAGGCCGAGAAGAUGGCACUCUGGCACACGAGUAUCAAAUCAUGUGAGCGAUGUGAGGAGAUCGAGCAGCAAGAUUACGCGUCAAAGAACGAUCGUCUAUGAGGUACCGUGGAAUGAGGGCUGUGAGAUGAGGGCUAUGGAAUCAACGACUAACAGGGCCCUGAGUCAAUAGAACUUUGCAUAAAAAGUUACAAUACGCACCACUGUCGAGUUCAGCCCCCGGCAACGGUCGCACAUUUCCGAAGAAUCUCUGAUCCAACAGCUGGAGAAGUUGAAUUGCAGCGUCCUGAACUGGCGCACGGGGACAACCCGUGUUCAUCAGACUGACGUUUAUCACACUCGUGUAAUGAUCACAUGGAUAUUCCCUGAAAUGUGAAUACAAAUACAUGCAGUUCACUUUCUUAUUCCACAUUUUUUUAUCGCCUAUUUUAUGUGGCUUCCUGCGGGAGGUGCCAAGUUACCUGGCACUGAAGAUCGUAGCGAGGGCGAGAAAACAGCCGUCGGCAACCUGCGGCAUACCCGUGUAGCAACGAUCCACCACCCAAUCGAGAAGGGUUCCAAUGUCGGGGUUUCCCUCCAGUAAUAAAACCAUUGUUUCGCGAGCCAGUAGAUAAAUCUGUGAAGUUUGAAAUGUAUUCUGAAGACGCGAGUUUCAGUUCAAUUGAAAUCAGUAGCAGUUUUCAAUGAAUAUCUCGGAAUCUAAGGGAAAUAGCAAAGUUUUUAUUAUA